GGGAGGGAAAACCAACAGGCAAGCGUCAGACAGAACCAGUGAGGAAGUGAGAGAACACCAAGCUGCAGGACAGAGAGAGAGUGAGAGAGACAGAGGGAGCGUGAGAGAGACAGAGAGAGACAGCCAGAGCAAAAGAGUGACAGAGUGAUAGCUAGAAGAUGGAGGUUCAGUCAGAAUGCGUUGAGCCUCCUCCACCUCCAAGCGAUCCCCAGCCGCCAGGGAAGAUCAACAAAGCAGCCUUCAAGCUGUUCGGAAAACGACGCUCCGGAAUGGCUGGAUUCUUCUCUUUCAGGAACAAAGGGGUCAACAGGAACGGGAAUUCUGUGAAUGUGAAUUCUAUGGGGGCUACUAACGAGCUCGUCAGGAGUAAAACGCAUGGCGGACUAACGAGCUUGGAACCAGACGGACAGAGAGGGGAGGAGUCCGGAAUAUCAGAGGCGGGACAGGUGAGGUCUCUCAGCAAAUCACUGAGCUUCUUUUCGCUGCUCAGACGAGGAAGUGUGAGAGUCAAUGAGAAUACAGGGUUUGGGAGAAGGGGGAGGGGUUUAAAAGGCUUCUUCAGUAGUAUGAAAUGGCGGCGGAAGGAGAACGUGAUGGCGGGAGAGGGGGAGGUAGCGGAGGUGAGAGAGGGGGAUGUGAUUCUAACAGAAGAAUUGAAAGACAUCACUCUGACCCUCGAACCCCAGCCCCGCCCGCCCCUGGAGGAUCAUGGUAGCUCGGAGGCUGAGAAAAACACAGAAUCGGCAGGAACCUCUCCCUCCAACAACGCCACGACACCACUUACGCCAUCAAUCGCCUUGACGACAAACCUGUCAGAAUCCCUCUAUACGCCAUCCCCCUCCCCUCUCCGCACCGUCCUCCACUCAAAACCCAAAACGUCAAUUUCCUCUGUAACGGCCAACCCCCCUCUGGAUCAGUGUGACCCCCCCUCCGAACCCUCAGUGGACCGGCUCUGUUCAGUCCUCUUCACUGACGUCACUUCACUCAAGAGCUUUGAUUCACUGACGGGGUGCGGUGACAUCAUCGCAGACGCAGAGGAGGAGGUGGCAGGAAACGGGGGAGGAGGAGUAGGAAGUGCUACUAGCAGUAGCACUAGUAGUGGGGAAGGAGGAGGAGGAGUACGAAGCUCCAUUAAUACCCAUGUCACCCCUUCCACCCCUACCUCCACCUCCGCUACUGCCUCUACCCCUGGCCCCCUCCCUGCCAGAGCACGGUUGAUGCCCUCUCACUCUGCCCCGACUCAGCAGCCCUCUGGCAGUGGCGUGGUGGCCUACAUGGGGGGUGGGGAGGAGAUGGCCAGCCCUGACGGGGUGGACGACGCAGACAUGCAGGGGCUCUGGCACAUGCUCCCCUCUGGGGGAGAAAACUCCCCCACUUUCCUCCGAUCCAACUCUCACCUGGCUCCCCCGAGGGGUACAGAGCGGAAAUUCACCCAGGUCAAGUCUCUGGGACUCAGCAAGAUCCCUGUAGUGGGGGGAGGAGGGGGAGGAAGGGUGACUAAACUCCCCACUCACGCCGCUUGCCAAACCUCCUCUCCCAAUGAGAAGGAGACUAAGGAGGAAGUCCCACCCCAACAGGAUGUCCCGGCUCUUAGUGAUGAGGGCUACUGGGAUACGCCCUCUGCAACCCCCACGGCAACGCCUGACAACGGCUUCCUGCGGAACCAGAGGCUUGGCCUAUUGUGUGACAGCUGCUCUGGCGAUGCGCUCUACGACCUCUACAACGAGGAAUUGGAAAGAUCUGAUGACGAGGAAGAGGAAGAAGAUCUGAUGAGUACUCCUUCCACUUCCGCAUGUGAGUACAAACUCAGCCCUCUGGCCCGGACUACUCCUUUCUCCUCUUCCUCUUUCCACUCGAUGAAGGGAAGCACUAGCCUUCCCCGCGAGUCCAAAAUCCCCCUUAGUGUCAGACAGACCACACCCCCUCACUCUGUGAGCCAAUCAACUCUUUCCUCUGUCCACGCAACCGCUCCUCCCUCUGACACACCCACCCAUGCCCCUCCCCCAGCCCGGACCAGAAUCCCUGUCUCCAAGGUGCCAGUCCGUCGCCCUGGGAACAAGGCCGGCAACGCUACACAGGGGCCAGCGCCCAGGAAGUAGCUUUGGACCAGGCAGCCAUGAACUCUGGUGUCUUUGGACUAAACCUGUGUACACCAUCACUGGUCUUAUGUUUAAGACAUUGCUGGACUGGUGGGUUGUGGAAGGGAUCAGACAAUGAUAGACAGAAGAGCUCUAAGAAACACUCCCAUUGGAUCCUAGUGGGUCACAACAAAACUAAAUAAACGUUGGGUGGCAAAGAAAGUUUGACAUACUGUAACCACUGAACAUAAGUGUACAAUAUCACUGGAGGUGUGUGUUCAACAUCACUGGAGGUGUGUGUUCAACAUCACUGGAGGUGUGUGUUCAACAUCACUGGAGGUGUGUGUACAACAUCACUGGAGGUGUGUGUACAACAUCACUGGAGGUGUGUGUACAACAUCACUGGAGGUGUGUGUACAACAUCACUGGAGGUGUGUGUACAACAUCACUGGAGGUGUGUGUACAACAUCACUGGUCGUGUGUGUACAACAACAUCACUGGUCGUGUGUGUACAACAUCACUGGAGGUGUGUGUACAACAUCACUGGAGGUGUGUGUACAACAUCACUGGUCGUGUGUGUACAACAUCACUGGUCGUGUGUGUACAACAUCACUGGUCGUGUGUGUACCACAUCACUGGUCGUGUGUGUACCACAUCACUGGAGGUGUGUGUAUAACAUCACUGGAGGUGUGUGUACAACAUCACUGGAGGUGUGUGUACAACAUCACUGGAGGUGUGUGUACAACAUCACUGGAGGUGUGUGUACAACAUCACUGGAGGUGUGUGUACAACAUCACUGGAGGUGUGUGUACAACAUCACUGGAGGUGUGUGUACAACAUCACUGGAGGUGUGUGUACAACAUCACUGGAGGUGUGUGUACAACAUCACUGGUCGUGUGUGUACAACAUCACUGGAGGUGUGUGUACAACAUCACUGGAGGUGUGUGUACAACAUCACUGGAGGUGUGUGUACAACAUCACUGGAGGUGUGUGUACAACAUCACUGGAGGUGUGUGUAUGGGAAACAUAUAUAUUAUGUGUAUAAGAAACUUGGCAACUCUUCAAGUGGGGGAAGGGAGCGCACAGAAAAGUUUGGGAUCCACAUUUUUAGACAACUCUCAUCGCUUCCUGUAAAUUUUGGUCAUAUAAAUCAACUGCACUACACACUGCUAGGAAGGACCAGGGCACCUUUCACACCGCUAGGAAGGACCAGAGCACCUUUCACACCACUAGGAAGGACCAGGGCACCUUUCACACUGCUAGGAAGGACCAGAGCACCUUUCACACUGCUAGGAAGGACCAGAGCACCUUUCACACUGCUAGGAAGGACCAGGGCACCUUUCACACCGCUAGGAAGGACCAGGGCACCUUUCACACCGCUAGGAAGGACCAGAGCACCUUUCACACCGCUAGGAAGGACCAGGGCACCUUUCACACCGCUAGGAAGGACCAGGGCACCUUUCACACCGCUAGGAAGGACCAGGGCACCUUUCACACCGCUAGGAAGGACCAGAGCACCUUUCACACUGCUAGGAAGGACCAGGGCACCUUUCACACCGCUAGGAAGGACCAGGGCACCUUUCACACCGCUAGGAAGGACCAGAGCACCUUUCACACUGCUAGGAAGGACCAGGGCACCUUUCACACCGCUAGGAAGGACCAGAGCACCUUUCACACUGCUAGGAAGGACCAGGGCACCUUUCACACCGCUAGGAAGGACCAGGGCACCUUUCCCACUGCUAGGAAGGACCAGGGCACCUUUCACACUGCUAGGAAGGACCAGGGCACCUUUCACACCGCUAGGAAGGACCAGAGCACCUUUCACACUGCUAGGAAGGACCAGGGCACCUUUCACACCGCUAGGAAGGACCAGGGCACCUUUCACACUGCUAGGAAGGACCAGAGCACCUUUCACACUGCUAGGAAGGACCAGAGCACCUUUCACACUGCUAGGAAGGACCAGAGCGCCUUUCACACUGCUAGGAAGGACACCAGAGCACCUUUACCUUUUCUCUUCAAGUCCUUUUUUCUAAAAGACAGAUUUUAUAUGAUACAACGUGUUUAAUCUAACAACAGUCUAAUAUAAUUAAACAGUUUGGAAUGUGUCAUCAUCUAAUCUGUAACUAAUUACCUCCUAAUCCCAGACUCCAAUCCUUAAUCUGUCAUUUUGUCAUGCCAUUUAGCAGACAUUUUUAUUCAAAGUGAUUUACAGUAAUGCAGGUGGGAGGAGCUAUAUGAGGAUGGGCUCAUUGUAAAGGCUGGAAUGGAAUUAAUGGAACAGAGUCAAACAUGUUACUCUUUGGGAUCAUGUUACUCUUUGGGAUCAUGUUACUCUUUGGGAUCAUGUUACUCUUUGUGUGAUACCAUUCCAUUUAUUCCAUUGAGCCCAUCCUCCCACCAGUGAGUCAUACAUGCAUAUUAUUACAUUAUUUUUUUUGAUGGGUCAUCCCAGGAAUCAAAGCCACCAUCCUGGCAUUGCAAGCGCAAUGUGCUACCAACUGAGCUACAGUGGACCACCGUCUUCUAAAACCUGAUUGGUUAUACUGCUGACUAUUUUUCUACUGCCAGUGGAUGGCUGUGAUGACAACAUUGCUCAAAUAAAUCCGAGAGAAUGUAUGUAAGUUUAUUCAUUAAGGUGCACAUGGAGAUCACAGGAUACCUCACCUUGCCAGUGAAUGUAACCAAGAAACGUCCCUAAAACAUCCUCCUUAGUGAAACAUAAACACACACAUGGUCCUCUGGACCUGAUGGACUCCACCACUCAAACGAGCAACUACUGUACUGUGAUGACCUUACACAGCCGCACUGCAAUCUGGGAAAACAGCUGCAGGUUCAAUCUCUCUGGGAUUUACAACCAUAACAAAUCACCUAA